AUGGUUGGAUCCCUACUCUGCGAUUUUGCCUUUCCUUCUCUUUGCUUUGCUCGAGUAUGCAUUGACCGGCAAGACAUUUUCUCAUCCACCCCAGUGUAUGGCAAGUCUUCAGUUCAACCCACAGUGCCUCCCGAGUUCCCUUCUCCAUUACCUACUCGGGCUUCAGUGAUUGAGUGGUUGCUCACUCUCAAUGCCAGCUAUAGAACUUUCGCAAUGAGUCGAGUAAAGAAUCUCGCUCUCUCAGUCCAUGGCGACAGUUCCCCUAUCCAAGUUGCGAUUGAGCGCACCAAGACCCAAUCGUUUGAAAAGCAGUGA